GGAUGCACCCGAGUGGGGACUGCAAUCUUCUUCCCAGCCAGGCCUGGACCCUUUCCCUACCGUCGCAAGGUCUUCGCACGAAAUCGAUGGAGUUCAUCCAAAGUCUCUUUUCUCCUGUCUCCAUCUUUCGCUCUUUGGUUCCAGUUUGUCUGCGUGGAAGAUGGAGAAUUGGAACACCUGUGGAACUUCUUUGCAGCACUUUCAAGCUCGCCAGAGCUCGUGAGUAGAAGCGUUUGUGCUUUGCUGCUUUGUGAGCCUUUGGGUUGCGAAAUAACCAGGCCCAAUUCUGUCAACGAUCCUGGAGUUUGCUUUUUGCUUAAUAUCGCGGACGUUUCCGGUUUCAACAAUACUCAGUGGAGCUCAGACGUAGUGCCCCCUACUCUGAACUUCGCUAUGCGUUUUUUCAUGCUAUGCGUUGCCAUAUUUUGGAUAGCUAGCACCACCAAUGCUCUCCACCACCAUCGCAAUGAAGAGCCAUUCGCGGAGCGGACUGAGGCAACGAACCAGGGAAAUGAGCAACAACAAAGAGUCAAACGCGGAUUAUCAAACAACAUCACCUUGAGGAUCCUCACUCUGGGCGCUUCCAUUGCUUAUGGUUACGCUUCAACCAAGGGCGAUGGCUUUCGAAACAGCGUCAGAAACAAGCUGGUAUGGGACGGCAAUCCAGUAAACAUGGUGGGUACCGUCAAAGCUGGGAGCAUGGCUGACAAUGACAUGGAAGCAUGGGGUGGAUACUUGAUCUCUGAAGUCGCCGCGAAGGCGGAGAAUUCUAUCAAGUUCCAGCCCAAUAUUAUCCUGCUGCAUGUUGGCACCAACGACAUGAUACAUGGUAUUGAUGUAGCGAAUGCUCAUAAUCGCCUCGCAACACUCAUUGAUCGCCUGUUUGCCACGAUACCUGGAGUUACGAUUCUUGCUUCAACUUUGCUGCCUACGACUGUGGAACCGGCCAGAGGUAAACUUUUCAACGCCAACUUACCAGCAAUGGUCAAAACUCGCCAGGCUGCUGGAAAGAAGAUCCUACUGGUGGACAUGUCAAGCAAAUUCUUCAGCACAGCUGAUCUCACUGCCGAUGGUAUACAUCCAACAGAUGCCGGAUAUGAGAAGAUGGCUGCUGUGUGGUAUCAAGGAAUCAGUGCCGCAUCUUCCCGCAAGUGGCUCGUGACUCCGACUCGUACAAGUUUCUCGGACGUCGUUGUAGCAGGCAACACGUGCGAUAAAACGGCAGGCAACGAGGUAGGUCCCUACCAGAUUGACGCCGGCUCGGGAAGGAACGAUGGAGAUUAUAUUCAUUCUGCUGUGGCCGGAGGUGGAUAUCUCGGAGUUGGGAAUCCAGCUCCUCUUGGUGUUAACUGGGCGGAUAUCAACGGAGAUGGGCUUGACGAUUAUGUUUAUGUAUCUACUGAUUUAAACGGAGGAUUAGGUGUUGCUUUGAAUACAGGGAACGGCAUCAUGGGUCCAUACUUACGAGUCAAGACAUCUCCUGGAUCUUGUCUACGAAGUGGAGUUCGAUUCGCAGAUAUGACGGGAGAUGGUCGGUCAGAUCUUUGUUGCCUUGCAGCAAAUGGUGACCUGAAUUGCUGGAAGAAUACCGUCGGCUCGGACGCACGAUCUCCCAAUUGGGUCUCUAUGGGCAUUCUGAUCAAGGACAAAGGCUACACGCAAGACUUCGUUCGAUUAGCUGAUAUCGAUGGUGAUGGCAGAGCUGACUACGUGGGCAUCUCGCAAGAUGGAAAGAUCUCAGGCUGGAGAAAUGCAGCAGUAGACAACUCUCAGCCGACUGCCUGGACGCCCUUCAAAGGAAUUGCAUCUGGCCUGAGUCCAUCUUACUCUCCUUCACGCUGGAGGUUCGCAGAUCUGAAUGGAGACCACAAGGACGACUUACUUUAUGUGAACGAAAACGGCCGAGUGGAAACCUUCAUCAACAUGCGAGGAUCAAGUGCUGGACUUGGGCCAGUGUGGAAAUUCAUGGGUGUCACACAUUCUGGAGCAAGCAGCCCUGUAAACGUCACUUUCGGCAAGAUAAUGGGCACUGGGCGAGCAGAUUAUGCAACGAUAAGCGAUAAAUCAAGCCCCGGCAAUGUCUACGCUACAAUCAACAAGAAUAUGGGCAAAGGAGGAACAGCAGUCCGAGGAGAUGGGACUCGCUAUUGCGACAUGACUGGGUCCGGCUCCGACGAUUACAUCUGGAUAUCCUUGAUGGGCGAAAUAACCAUUUACGGGAACAAUCAUAAAUGGGGUACUUGGACGCAGUACGGUGUCGUUUACAAUGUCAACCGAUCCCGGAGAGAAGUGUAUUUUGCAGACUUCGAUGGAAACAAGAGAUGUGAUAUCCUUCUCGUCGACAAAACCAGCGGGGCUACCACAGUGCUACGAAACGACUUCGCUAAUGGUAAGUUUACAUUUACAAACAUCGGAGUUGUGACGGGUACCGCAACGUGCAAGGAGGGAUAUGGCUACGACCUGCAUGACCUCGGCGUUCGAUGGAACGACAUAGAUGGGGAUGGGAGAGCCGACUUUCUGUGUAUGCAAUCGAACGGCCAGCUCUACGGAUAUUUGAACAAAGGGGUCAAUAAUAUGGUUAACCAAGGUCAGAUCAAGCACACCGAAGGGAAAGAGCGGAAAACCUUACGACUUGCCGAUAUCAAUGGUGAUGGUCGCGACGACCUUGUCUUUGUCGAUUUGGUUGAUUCUACACUCACGGCGUGGAGCAAUGAUGGAGCCACAGGACAAUUUGGAGAUGAUGCAGCAGGUACCAGCGCAUUUCGCUGGACAUUGAAAGGGCAGGUGUCCCCAGCGACAACAACAAGAGGCGCCUGUGUCGAGUUUGCCAAUAUCAACGGAGUUGACAGAGCAGAUUCGGUUCUCAUCUACCCCGACACCAAUCAACAGUUCGUAAAGCUCAACACCUGCCCGGGGCUCAACCCCGUGGAGCCUCACCUACCUACACCACCAGCGAUGACAUACCCAUGAUCGUAUAGUCUAAGUCAGACGAGAUCGGAGAUUUGGGACAGGAAACAACGCACUUCCAAGCUUUAAGCGAGGGAAGCAAUAGAUAUACUUUCCAAACCAUCUUUGACAAGACAUGUGGCAGAAGUACCAAAUGAAUCUAUCUUUGUCUAAAUUAUUGUUGGUUGCACGCUCUCUCUACCUGACCAUGCCUGCAAAAUCUAACAGUCGAGUUCUAUCAUUGGAAGGAGGUGGGUGGAGGUGCUGACCAGAAGUCUACCCGCAACGGGGGCGGGCUUAAUACAUAAUAUAUCGCUUCUGAUCAAGCAGUGGUCUCUAAUGACAGGCUGUUCUUCUCGGGAAGGAAGUCCGGAGAGGUAUCUGUAGUGUUAAGAUCCAUACUGAACAGCACAUCAAAAUACUUUUAAUUUUGCUGGUCUAAAGAGAGCUCCAAGGAUGCUUCUCUUCAAAAGUGUAUUACGAGGAUGGAUAUUGGUGAAAAAGUACAUGAAGAAUAGAUUCUUAAUAGAUAUCACAGUCUCCUAACCAUCCUGUCCACACCGACAAUGCCUUGGGAUGUCCUAAGCGCGUUCCAUCAUGUUUCAAUUUAGGUAGUUCUCGAUCCUGGGAGUUGUCAAAUCAGCAAGUCUGGUCCGAUUAGGCUUGACUGACCUGACUUUCCCUGUGGCCGGCUCGUAGCGCACAGAUGGCAUUGAUAUAGGGGUUUGCAAGUAGCUGCAAUCGACGUGAUCCCCACAAGCAUCCGGCGAUGUCAAAAAAAAAGUUCGUUUCCAGGAUUUUGUCACUUAGAUAUCGACUUGUACACCGCCUUGUUCAAUGCGACUUUCGAUCGGCCUUCUCUCAUACAAUUGUAAAUCUCGAGUCGAGAAAUACAUGAGUCCAUCCGAGCAUCAGAUAGUACAGGCUCUGGUGAGCCAUCCAUGGUCCUCUGGGAUCCAUGCACCGUCUUAACAACCACCACAUCCGUGAGUUUCUCCAUGCCAUCCAAAAUGUCAUGCAACGCGCGCUCUUGCUCAGAGUCUUCCAUGCUCAGAAGAAAAUCGCAGUCAAAAGCAGCAAGUACAAGGUUCUGCUGCAGCGAGACAGAGCUCUUGAUGUCUCGAAUGACUUUCCGAUUCUGCAUUACCCAUGGAUUUGAUUUGCCGGAUGGUACCAAGUGCCUACAGCCUGGUCCGAAGAACAGAGUGUCUCUAUCAAAAUCGAGCAGAACAGCUUGAGAACAGUACCCAAACUGGAUCUGUUGGUAGAACUGGAUUGUGCUGUAUCGAGACUCUCGACAUGCGUGAAGAAUGGCUGGCGCUCCUGACUUCGAUGUCACAGAUCGGGCUCGAGACAUCCAUGUCAGCUCGAUGACGCGAGGCGGUGGUAAGGCGAAGAUCCAGACUCUCAAGCGCAACUCCGGAGGAAGCUGGCCGAAAGCGUGGAAUGAGGUCAUUAUGGAUUCCAUGCUGUGCGCACUUUUGGGGAAAAGAAAUUGUAAUUUUGAGAGUAAUAGAAGUUUGACAA